AGACCCGUCUUACACGAGUCAUAAUUAUGGCCACAAUUGUGAUAAAAAUUUGAAGUAUAUUUGUGUUCUUAAAAUUAUGUUUACGAGAACUAUACCGCCCUUUACACGUUGUCAAACUAUGGAUAUAAUUAUGAUAAAAAAUAUAGGGAAAUUCUGUAUUCAGCUGUUGGAAAUCUAGGGAUUUUUUUGAAUGGCAGCAAUGUACAUACUACAUAACCAAAAAUAAUAUAUCACAUUCAGUUUUCACUAUUCUCUGUCACUAUUAACGGUUUUGUGCAAUAAGCAAUUUCUUGUGAUGGUAGCAAAUAACAAUCUUUUAAUAAAUGUCGUGGUCAAGAGAGCAGGUCACCAUGCUCAUUGAAGUGUACAAAAAUCACCCUUGCUUGUAUGUGGUUAAAUCCCCACAAUACAAAAACAAGCAUGCGAGAAAUGCUGCCUUAACAGACAUCUGUUCAAAGUUGGAGGCAGUGAAAGCAGGUGUAACGAUUGCAGAUGUAAAAAAUAAGUUUGCAGCUCUUCGACAAAAUUUCUUAGUGGAAUAUCGUAAACACGAAAACUCCAUGAAAAGUGGAAGCGGUACAGACCAGGUGUAUAUACCUACCAUUUGGUAUUAUGAUUUAAUGCUGUUUGUUUUGGAGCAUUCAAUUGCAAAGACAGCCAUUUAUGAUAGCAUCCCCAAGCCUCUUUCACCUUCUCUUUCAUCAGACAGUAAUAUUGAAUCGUUGGAAUUUACGGACAUUUCACAAUUAGAGGUUGUUUAUGAAGACGAACCAGACGAUUCACAAACUGAAGAGGAACCUGUCAAUGGAGGCGCCUCAAAUGUGCAUGUAAUUGAACAGACGCCACAAACCAGCCGACCACAAUCUCAACUAAAGAGAAAAAAGGGGAAUGAAAUCGACUAUUUAGCAGAUGCCAGCAGAGCGAUAAAUGAAAUUGCUAAUGCAGUUGCACGCAAGAAGCCUGAUGUUAGCACUAUCAAGGCGGAUAGGAUUGAUGUCUUUCUUAAGUACAUUGAACCAAAAUUACGCCGCAUCAAGAAUGACGAUUUGUUAGAUAAAAUAGAAAGCGAUAUUGUACAUAUAAUUUCCAAGAAUUUCAAAUAAAAUCUGAGUGAUCCUAUA